GUAGACAUAAAUGGUGACGACGUCGAUCCACGAAAGCUAAAAGAUUUUCGAGAUAACGUGGUUGCACGAGUUCGCGAAGAUCCACUUUAUUGUAGCACGCAAGCGUGCUUAUCGAAUGAUGGAAAGGCGUUACUCCUAGAAACAACAAACAGGGCACACGAGGCUGCAAAAGCAGGCUGCGUAAUCCUCAAAAGGCUCUGCUGCAAAUUCUCAAUUCUUCCAGGGCUGACUGGAUUGGUUACCAUGAAUGCGAAUGGAUCACGUAUUCCACUGUUCUCGGUCUACGUCCUGGAUGCCAACUUCAAUCAAGUCACUGGACUCAAUUUCACAAUAACAAAUGGGAUACCAAUAAUGACGAAAGGCUACACAGAUGAAGCAACAACUCUUUGGGGAACUCGAGGUGGUCAACGGUAUGAUUUUUUUCUAUAUUACCACUGUCGGUAUUUCAUAGAGCUGUAUUAUAGACCACUCGUUCGUCCGCAAUGUGGCUACACGGGCACUGAUUGCCCCAAACCAUUCUGGGAGCAGUAUGGCGUAUAUAUCAUGGUUGGAGGAGGACUGAUAGUAGUUCUACUGAUCGUGACGGUGGUAUUGAUUGCCUACGCUGUAAGAAUUCGCAAAGAAGAAGAGGAGCAGCAGCGUUUGCUAUGGCAGAUACCUUCUAUGAGGCUGAGGAAGCCGCCAACUUCGCGAGAACUUCAGCAAGAGAGCAAACGUUCACUACAGUCGGGUCCAUCGACGGUAACGGGAGACUCAAGACUUACACAAUCGAAUUUCGGCGACUACGAGAUCCAUUUUCUCGAAAAUGAUGCUGUUCUGACCAAAACAUAUCCAGCAGUUGGAUUAGCAGAGGAUGACACUUCUAUAUUUCCUCAGAUGAGGAAAUUUGGUCACGAUAAUAUUAAUCAAUUUAUUGGGCUCUCGAUUGAUGGCUCCAAUUAUAUAGCUAUUUGGCGUAUGUGUUCCAGAGGCACUCUACAGGAGCUUAUCUCGAAGGGUUCGUUGUGGUUUGAUCCGUUCUUUAUGCUAUGUAUAAUGAGGGAUAUCGCUGAGGGCAUUCGCUUCCUACAAAACUCGAUCAUUGGUUGUCACGGUCGUCUCUCUUCGAACUGCUGUUUGGUGACUGACAGCUGGCAAGUUAAAAUAUCGGACUACGGUACUGAUUCAUUGCGAGAGGAUGAUCGGCUCAAGAAAAGACGUCUAUUAUGGCUCGCUCCUGAACAUCUACGAUCUCCUGAGACCUCGGUGAAAAAGUCCAAGGAGGGCGACAUCUAUUCUUUUGCUAUUGUAGCCUCUGAGGUUGUAACGCGGAAAGCGGCAUGGAACCUGAAUGAACGAAGAGAACGAAUUGAUGAACUGCUUUAUAUGUUGAAAAAGGGAGGACCCACACCACCGCGACCAGAUCUCAACGUUGAUGGGGAAAUAAAUAUGGCGGUGCUCCAUCUUAUACGCGACUGCUGGAACGAAAGACCGGCGGACCGCCCAAACGGUGAAACUCUGUGCAAUAUGUUAAAGACGAUGAUGCCGGACAAGAACGCCAAUCUAAUGGAUCAUAUGUUUAACAUGUUGGAAGACUACACCACGACACUUGAGUUGGAUGUCGAAGAGCGAACAAAGCAAUUGCAGGAAGAGAAGAAGAAGGCCGACCUUCUUUUGGGAAAGAUGCUGCCCAGGCAAGUAGCGGAUCGCUUGAAAUUAGGACAAGCAGUGGAACCAGAGAGUUUCGAUAGCGUCACAGUGUUCUUUUCCGAUGUGGUCAGGUUUACUCAAUUAGCUGCCCAGUGCACAGCAUUUCAAGUCGUGAACCUUCUUAAUGAUCUUUACAAUGGAUUUGACUCCAUCAUUGAGGAGCAUUCCGUAUACAAGGUCGAAUCCAUCGGCGAUGGUUAUUUGUGCGUAUCUGGGCUUCCGGUGAGAAAUGGUUCAGUUCAUAUCAAGGAAAUAGCUGAGCUGUCUCUGUCCUUCAUGGAAUUUGUGGAUGAGUUCAGAAUAGCUGCUCUUCCGAGAGAACGAGUUCAACUUCGAAUCGGAUUCAACUCAGGCCCCUGUGUCGCCGGUGUCGUUGGACUGAGUAUGCCUCGUUAUUGCCUAUUCGGAGACACUGUGAACACUUCAUCACGAAUGGAAAGCAAUGGCAAACCUGGUCACAUUCAUAUGUCUAAGGAAGCGCACGACCUGCUCAUCGACGAAUACCAAGCAGCUUAUGAGACACAGUCAAGAGGAGAAGGGAAGGGCGUGAUGGAAACCUUCUGGCUGAUUGGUCGUCGCGUCGCUUUCUCUGCUAAAUCUCCAUCUGAAGUACUUGUUAAGCAAAAAACCGAUGAGAACUCAAAGCAGUGUAAAGACGGCCCAACCGUCCUGGCAGAGCUGAGUACUGAAGAGAAGACACCACCGUCGACUCCGAGCACAGUCUCGUCGAAUACAAUGUACAAAGAAUAUUUGCGUAGUAACACUGUUGAAGUCUCCUAG